GCUACAUCAAUGAGGUAAUUGGGGUAAACAGUAAAAAUGGCGACGUCUGUGGCCAGAGCGGAGCAGCCGAGUUUGAACGGGAUCCUUUACGAGCCUCAAACCAAAAAACUGACCGACCUGCCGACUGAGCUGCUUGAGCACAUUCUGUGUUUCCCUGUCCUCAAACAUGUCGACGUCUGUAACGUUUCCUGCUGCUGUAAACGGCUGCACGACGUCUGCCAUGGAAGGGGGAAGGUCUGGGAGCACCAGUACAAAAUCAGGUGGCCAAGACUGCAGAGGUUCUACCGUCUAAAUGAGAGCUGCGACUGGCUUAGGGAAUACACAACCCGGCAUAGAGUUGGCAUACAGAUACGAAGGACAGUGGAAUCGAUCUCAAAAAGAUUCUUCACAGAAGUUCCAUGCGUCGGCCAGGUGCUCGGAGACAGCUUUGCAGAGAUUGAGUCGCUCGGGAUGCCAGAGCACUUCUGUGAAGACGAGCUCCUCUUCAUACUCCACUCAGACAAGAGGAAAAGCUUGACCCUGAAAUACUAUGCAAAGAAAAUCCUUUACUUCCUGAGGCAGCAGAACAUCCUGAGGAGUCUGAAGACCUUCCUGGAACAGCCUGCAGAGCAUCAGUCAGCUUUAGAGGGUGCUGUGCUGGUGGACCAGUAUUGCAACCCGCUGGCUGACGUCACGCUGGAAUCCAUUUCAGAACAAGUAGACGACGUGGCCGAAAAAGUGCAGAAGAUGCUGAGGAUCAAGAACCCGUCUCAUCCCAGCCUUCGGGCCGCUAGCGGCGACUGUGUGCUUGAGGACUUUGAGCUCCAGAGGCAGGUGUUGUGGGCCCUGAACGCCGUUCUGUACGAGCAGCUUCAGUACAAAGGCAACGAGGGCGACUACUACAACCCGCUCAACUCUUACAUCCACCAGGUGCUACUUCGGAAGACGGGAAUCCCCAUAAGCCUCUCUGUCCUUUACAUGACGCUGGCCCGAAAGCUGGGCGUCCAGCUGGAGCCUGUCAACUUUCCCAACCACUUCCUGUUGCGCUGGUGCCAGAAACCAAGAGGGAGUGAGGACAUCGUCGACUUCGUCUACAUCGACGCCUUUGGGAAAGGCAAGCAGCUGACGGCGAAGGAAUGCGAGUACCUGAUUGGCCACCAGGUGACGGCAGACUACUACAGCGCCAUCAGCACCACGGAGGUGCUGCUCAGGAUGGUGGGGAACCUGCUCAACAUCGGCAAAAGAGGGGAAGGCAACGAGAAAUCUUACCAGCUGCUGAGGGACUCGCUGGAUCUCUACCUCACCAUCAAUCCAGAUAACGUUCAGUACUUGCUGCUGCAGGCACGCCUUUACUUCCACCUGGGAAUCUGGCCAGAAAAGGUGUUGGACAUCCUGCAGCACAUCCAGGCUUUGGAUCCUUCCCAGCACGGAGCUGUGGGUUACCUGGUGCAGCACACGCUGGAGCACAUCCAGCACAAGAAGCAUCCGGUUACCCCCGAGGCCAAGAGGCGAAGCGCCCCAGAACACCUGGAGGUCCACUAUUCAGUCGGCCUUAUUAUGAAACACAAGCGGUCGGGCUAUAACUGCGUGAUUUACGGCUGGGAUCCUAAAUGCACCAUGAGCCAGGAGUGGAUCACCACCAUGAGGGUCAACCAGCUGUCCAGUGGAUCCAACCAGCCUUUCUAUAAUGUGCUGGUGCAGGACGGGACGUGUCGCUACGCCGCUCAGGAGAACCUGGAGCCCCACUCGGCCCCUCUGGAGAUCGGGCAUCCGGAGGUGGGCCGCUACUUCUCAGAGUUCGCCGAAACCCACUACGUUGCCAACGAGGAACUGCAGACACGCUACCCAGAGGACAUAGGGGAGACCCUGGGCACGGUGCGAGAGCUCUACCACCGAAUGAGCUCCGGAUCUGGGAGCAGAGAGGAGCCUUCCGCCACUGACCAAACGAGCCGCCAGUCCAAGUCGAUGUAGCGAGCGGUCCCGCCGACCAGGGCUAAACAAAUAACUGAUCGCCCUUACUCAAUUUACAAUCAACUUAUCUGUUCCUUCGUUGCACUCUAAGACUAGGACAAGUGUUACAGAGUUCUGUUUACUUGUGUUUUGUUUUUGUUUUUUAAAGAAGGAAAGACGGUUACAGUUGUUGCUGUGAGACAUGUCCGAAUACCACCAUAUAGCUGCUGUAAAAACAGAAAGUUCAGACCACUGGAAUCCGAAUGCCAUUUCUACACGACGCAACGUGCGCUUGUUUUGGAAAUCCAGUCAAAAAGCUGAGUUUGAAUAAAAAAAUGUAUAAAAUAGAACCCAAAAUACUCCCAAGAAAAGCUUUAACUUGAAGAAGAGGGAUUAAGUGGACAGGUAAAUUCAGGAUGUGUAUCCAGGUGCUGUGAAUCCCCUCCUGCCUAAGAUCAAGGAAUGCUUCUGUUCCCGCUCUUCCCUGCACCCAGCACCAGUCUGCAAAGUAUAAACCCAACAUCACACGACAGAAAAAAAAAAAAACGGUAUGAGAAAGUUUUAACACCAUGUUUUAACAGAGUACCAUGCACUUAAGAAAGUUUGACUUUCACAUUCCUACAUUUACCUUUUUAUUCUGUAUAUUUACUAACGAAAUGUGUGCGAUGCCAAGAUUCAAGGAUGUCUGUCAUGGAACGCCAAGACAGCGGUGACUUGAACCAAACAGAGUAUGAGCUUGGUGAAAACUAACCAACUAAAAAAAAAUAAUAAUAAAGCGCUUCAAGUUUC